CAAGCAACAAGCAAGCCAACGUUUCCUUCUUCCUCCAUCUCAACCUCAAUAAUACAAUCUCCAUUUUCAUAUCUUUUCUUUUCUUCUUUUAAUUUUAUGUGGAUACAGUCGCCGGAGCUCUCAUCCUCCUCCGUUAUCGGCGGAUCUCUUCCAACAUCCUCAUCAUGUCCACCAUCCCAAUUAUAUCUUUCAACUUGAUAUAGCCCCCUGGCUGGAUCCCCAACAAUGGCUCAUCAACAAGAUUGCAUCGCACACCUCCCCAAACUUAUCAAUUCCUAUCUGCAAAAAUUCCGACUUUACGAGACUCGCUCUAACUUUUAUAUGAUUGGACGGAGUAAGAAUAGAUCAGUUUGGAGAGUGUUAAAGAUUGACAGGUCAGAACCUGCCGAGCUAAAUAUUACUGAAGAUUCUACGACAUAUACAGAAAUUGAAUGCUGUGACCUGCUAAAGCGUAUUCAUGAUGGAAACAAGUCCACAGGGGGACUUAGAUUUGUUACUACUUGUUAUGGAAUUGUUGGCUUCAUAAAGUUUUUGGGACCUUAUUACAUGCUGCUAAUUACAAAAAGGAGGAAGAUUGGUGUAAUCUGUGGUCACGCAGUAUAUGCAAUUACCAAGAGCGAGAUCUUACCAAUUCCCAAUUCUACUGUUCAACCCAGUGUGGCUUACUCUAAGAAUGAGAACAGAUACAAGAAGCUCCUAUGCUCGGUGGAUCUUACCAAGGACUUCUAUUUCAGCUACUCCUACCGUGUUAUGCAUAGUUUUCAAAAGAACUUACCAACUCACGAGACAGGACACUUCCUUAAUGAAACAAUGUUUGUUUGGAAUGAGUUCUUAACCAGCGGAAUCCACAAUCAACUGAAGAAUAAUCUCUGGACAGUAGCACUAGUUUAUGGCUACUUCAAACAGGUCAAACUUUCAAUAGCUGAAAAGGACUUCAAGUUAACCCUCAUUGCUAGACGGUCUCGCCAUUAUGCUGGAACCAGAUACUUGAAACGAGGGGUAAACGAGAAGGGUCGUGUCGCCAAUGAUGUUGAAACAGAACAAAUCGUAUUUGAAGAUGUUCCUGAAGGAUGUCCUGUGCAAAUAAGCUCCGUCGUUCAAAAUCGGGGUUCAAUACCCCUGUUCUGGUCCCAGGAAACUUCACGAUUAAAUAUUAAGCCUGAUAUCAUCUUGUCGAAAAAGGACCACAAGUAUGAUGCCACCAGACUUCACUUUGAGAAUCUUGUCAAGAGAUACGGAAAUCCAAUCAUUAUAUUGAAUUUGAUCAAGACCAAAGAAAAGAGACCCCGAGAAUCUCUCCUUCGUAUGGAGUUUGCGCAUGCUAUUGAGUUGAUCAAUAACGAUAUGCCCGAGGAAAAUCGUUUGAAGUUUCUUCAUUGGGAUUUAAACAAAUAUUCUAGAAACAAAUCUACAAAUGUGUUGGCGCUUUUGGGCAAAGUUGCCACUUAUGCAUUGAACCUAACUGGCUUCUUUUAUUGUCAAGUGAUUCCAAAUUCAAGGUCCGAAGAGUUGUUCAACUGUUCCAGGGAUGAUAUUGGUGGCCAUUGCUGUUUCCAGACCGAAAACAAUGAUGCUGACAGCUUUAAGAAUGUAAUUAGCCAUGGUAGCAGUGGAGUGAGUGGGGAUUUUAGUUUCAAGCCUUCUAAAUUUCAGACAGGGGUCCUAAGAACGAACUGUAUAGAUUGCUUGGAUCGGACAAAUGUUGCUCAAUAUGCAUAUGGUUGGGCUGCACUUGGUCGUCAACUGCAUACUAUAGGAUAUAUAGAUUCCCCUGUUAUUGAGCUGGAUUCUGCAUUAGCAGAUGAUUUGAUGAGGAUUUAUGAAAAAAUGGGUGACACUCUAGCACUACAAUAUGGUGGUUCUGCAGCACACAAUAAGAUAUUUUGUCAGAGAAGAGGUCAAUGGAAGGCAGCAACUCAGUCCCAGGAAUUCUUUAGAACUCUACAGCGUUACUACAGUAAUGCAUACAUGGAUGCCGAAAAGCAGGAUGCCAUUAAUGUGUUCCUGGGUCACUAUCAGCCAGAAAUCGGCAAACCUGCACUGUGGGAAUUGGAUUCAGAUCAGCAUUACGAUGUUGGGAGCCGAGGCUCUAACUUUUUCAUGGAAAAAGCCAGGCUUAUUAAAAGAUCAUUGUCAGUCGGCAACAUGCUCUUUGAUGACAACAAUCUCUGUGACGNAAGUUCUACUAUUGGAAUUGCUCAAAAGGAUGAAGAAUCGGAGCAGCAGCCAUAUCCUGACAAGGCACAAAGCAAUACCAAAGCUCUAUCAGAAUCCUCACCUGAGAUCUCUUGUGAAAGUGAUUCAUCUUAUCCAAGGUUUGAUCUGAUAACUGCACAGUCUGUCACCUUUAGAUUGAUCAUUGUAUUCAGAUCUUUUAUUUCUUUACCACUGAGUUAAGUUUUAAAUAUAGUAGAUUAUAAAAUUGU